GCAUUGCUGUUAAUCCAUUUUAAUUAUUAAAUUGGAUAUUUCGAAUUGAAUUUUUGGACAAAUUUACUAGAGAAAUUUUUGAAAAUGAAAUGUCAUAUAACAUUUUCUUAAUCAUUUUAAUUAAGUGACAGAAUGGGCAGUGUUGAAGAGGAAAAAGAAAAUGCCGUUUUGCAGAUUAAUUUUUCAUUUUUAUUUUUAAGUCAACAAAAACUGCUUUAUUGUGAAAUUGAAAAGCAUUUCGGGUAUAGACUAUUUUUUUUAAAUAUGAGACAGAUAUGCUUCCAUGGAUGUCUGCACAGACAGCAUGUUGUAUAAAUGUGAUGUUUCGGUUUUGUGUGUUGAAAGUCAAAGUUUGUGUCUCUUCUAUAGUUCACUAACAGCUCAGCUCCUCUCAAUCUCUCUGCCUGCUCUUUCAUUUGUUCGUUCUCUUCUCUCAGCUCAAAUCAAACUGUUUUGUAUGUAAGUUGAGAAGAGCAACAACACAACUACCUGCUUCUGCAGUUAUGAGCUUCUGUGGGUCUUUGGAGAUUGUCUGCAAGUUGCUUCAGGGUUGAGAAAUGCCAUGUGAAAACUUAAACAUUUCGAACUUGUCAGGGAGCAAUGUCAGCACCAAGAUCUAGAGUUUCAGGGUUUUAAAAUGCUUUUCUUCUAGUUUUCCUGUAAACAAACAGAACUUUUAAAAUGUUAUUUUCUUUUUCUUUUUCAGAAAUGUUUGAUUAAAUCGAUCAAGUUACAGAAGAAACAAACAUCUGUGAGAAGGCCCUUCACAUUACCAACCUUGCGGGUUUUAAUGAAUGAGAGAAUAUCACAAAUUCAUAUCCUCACCUGGGAGAGGAGCUUUAACCAAAGCAGGUAGUGGCUGAGUUGCAGCACGAAGAACUCAAGUGAGGAGAUUUCCUUUUGCUAAGAGUUUAGAAAAAGCUUUGGGAAGAAUGCACACCGUCAAGAGGCCUUUCUCCUGCUACGUCUGUGAGAAGAGCUUCAGAACUUCAGUACUGGUGUUCCAUAGAUGAGCAUUGGUUUGAACUGUACAAAGUGUGGAGGAAACAUGUUUUUUAUGGACAUGAGCCCAGCAGAACAAGGUGAUCGCAUAAAAACAGCAACGUAUACUUCUUAGGAGUCAAAGAAGUCCAGUUUGACCUGAUGAAGGUUGCCAUCACCGGUAAAUCUGAUAUGAAGAUGAAUAAUGCCAAUGAUGACGGUGACUCUAAAUCCAUGCUAGCCUGCAAGCAGCCCAUGCAGGUACAGCACUACAACAUGGUGACAACUGUCUGCGGGGCGGCCUGUUGCAAAGAGGCACAUGCAUUUCAGCCUCACAUCAGGUGCACCUGCACCCCUUCUACUGAAAUAUCGGUCAAAGUGAAAUGUCCCAAACUAGAUGGAGACAUCUACACCAAAGAACUACAUUGUCUUUACUGCAACAGGCACCACUCCAUUUUUGAAGAAGCAUUUGCUGCUUGCUGUCACCCUCAGCCCAUUCCGACCCCGUCUCAACUGUCUCCCCAAAUGGCAAAAAAUGAUCCUUGCCUCAAAGUUCAGCGUGCAUUGACGCCCCCUCCAACAGCCACUCAUCUCACCCCCCCUCGCCUUAUCUCUUCCGUCAGUGAGACAGACCUGAAUUGUAAAUUUCAAAUGCAUUGCUGUAAUUCCAAGUGCAAUUGGCUCAGAUCUCUCUCACCCUGUCAAGAAACACAACCCCCCAAACAGCUUAAGUGGCAGGAGGGCUGUAAUCAAAGCCUUGUCAAAGUUACCAAACAUGAUGUGGGCACCAUGACAAUCCAAAGGGUUCUGAAGAAUGCUGGUGUACAGACACGUCAGACGAGUUCUCAUGGAUUCCCUCAGCUCUCUGUAGCUAAUGAAAGGAAAAACAAGUUUUUCAAUAGUCUGAAUUCCAACAAAGAUGAAAGAGUUGGCAAUGCUAAGUCUCCUGUAAAGGAUGUGAAGUGGGAUGCAGAAGGGAUGACAUGGGAGGUGUAUGGUGCCUCUGUAGAUCCCGAAGAGUUGGGGUUGGCCAUCCAAAGACAUUUAGAACUACAAAUCAAAGAGACAGCUAGCCGUGUGACAAAGCUCAUGCGCCAAAACACCAACACAUCCCAGCAGAGCAUGAAUGUUAGCUCUAACAGGAAGAACAGCAGGAUGACAGCCCCCUUUCGAAGAAUGACUUGUUGCAGCUACAGCACAGCAGUUAAUGACUAAGUUGCUAGGAGGGUUUGACAAGGUCUCACAACCAGAAUGAUCAUGCAACUUUUGCCUUAAAGAGCCUGUAUUUAUUCUGAAGGAUUAUAAGGAUACAACAGUAAUCCAUAUUCGUGCAAUGAUGUAAUAAGGUAACUGCAGAAAAAAAUCUAAAAACUGUUUUCUUCAACCAUCUUUUGCCACUGUCUAAGCAAAGAUACUUAGAUUUCCCUCUUCACUGUUAUUUAAUUCACCUUUGCUAGGUGACACCAAUACACUGUUUGGCCUUC